AUGCCUAAACAAUGGACUAAACCUAUAGCACGACCAACACCAAAGAUUCCAAAUGAAUUUCUUGAUAAUGUUCGAGUAUUUCAAGGUCUUGCAUGUGUAAAAAAUCCUUCAACACGUCGUGCGAAUCAAUGGCCAUAUCCACCGGAUUCUGAUACAUUAGCACCACGUGAACAAAUGAAGUUUUUACCUGAUGAAGACGAUGAACCUCUUAAUACGAAUGAAAAAAAUACUUCAGAUAGUACAUCAAAUGACAUUGAAACAACAAAUCUCAAUUUUGAUAAUCUUUCACUUGGUCAACAAGCACUAGAUACAACAGUUGCAACAUCAGCAACAUAA